AUGAGAUUCUGGCUUUAUAAUAUAGUGUAUGUGGAGGCCCAUAAAUUACUCCAACCAGGUGACAAAAUUUUAAAGACAUUGGCUGUUGAACUUGCAGAGUACCAGGUCUGUGUUGAUGUAUUUAUUACUGCCCAAUCUUAUGUAGACAUUGCUUCAAUCUCUGUUAUCCCAAGAACUACUACAGGACAGUUUGCAAAGCUGUCUAUGUAUGCAAAUAUAUGGCAUCUAGAAAUGGAUGACCCUUCGCGUAUUCCACCCACUACCUCAGAGAGACGAUGUCGUGCAUUAACAAAUCCUGCUCGUGCCCGAGGUCGAGGUCGAGGUCGAGGUCGGGGUCGGGAUAGAGGUCGAGGUGAUGAUAUUGUGUUAGAGGAAGCACCUCAAAUCUUGGAAGAGGAUGUGAUUGAUAAUGGUUCAGGGGAUGAUGAUGAUGCUACUGAUGUUAAUCAGGUUGACGAGGAGAGGAAUCCCUUAAGGUGUUAUAAUCAUGCGUCUAAGAUUCUUGAGUGGCGGUGGUGGUCAAGAACCGACAAUAGAAGGUUUAGAGACAUUGUGCAGCAGUCAGGCCUAUCUUCUUUAGUCCAUUGCACGUAUCGGUUCGUGAAUAGGAUUGUCAUUUCUGCAUUUGUUGAGCGAUGGCAACCAGAGACAAAUACUUUCCAUUUGACAGUUGGUGAGAUGACAAUGACAUUGGAUGAUGUGGGUACCAUCUUGGGGAUCCCUAUCACAGGUAGAUCAGUUAGUGCUGCAACUUUGACAGAUCAACAGGCACAUGCAUUUGUGGUAGAUGCCUUGGGAGUUGAUGAUGCUGAAGCAACUGAGGAACUAUCAUCUGCUAGGGGACAAUCAGUGAAGCUGGAGUGGUUACAAACCAAAUUCAAUGGUUGCAAAGAUUCAGACACCGAGGAAUCCAUAGCUUGUGCCGCCAGAGCGUAUUUGCUAUUUCUAUUGGGAUGUACAUUGUUCAGUGAUAAGAGUGGGACGAGAGUUCCUGUUGUGUACUUGAAGUUGUUGAUGGAUUUGUCUGAUAUUCAUACAUAUGCUUGGGGUGCAGCUGCAUUGGCAUAUUUAUACCGACAGUUGGGAUUUGCCACGAGAUCAGCUGUUCGACAAAUGGCUGGUUACAUGACAUUAUUGGAGGCAUGGAUUUAUGAGCAUUUCCGGCCAUUUAGACCUCGCCAAAACAUGCAAUAUACUGUACAAUUGCCUCACGUGCAUCGAUGGACUCCUCGUCGGGAAGCUGGCUCAACGAUAUCACACCUACAGGCGUUACGGGAGGAGCUUGACAGAUUAGCAUUUGAUGAGGUUACUUGGGAUCCAUAUCGACAUUGCCGUCAACAUCACCCAUGUCAUGAGAUCACAUUCUAUACUGGCUGUUUGAAGUGUUUGGAUGUUGUUGAACCCUAUCAUCCUGAAAGGGUUCUUAGACAGUUUGGUAGGAUUCAGACCAUCCCACCUGCGCCCCUCGACCCUGUUCGUGCUGUUAGAGGUGUGACAGCAGGCCGAUAUAAAGUGAUGUAUCAGUAUCUUGAUCAGAUAUGGGAGAGUUGGGAUAAUCAUGUUUUAUCUGCUCGAAGGAGGAGUACCCCAGACGCUGAGCGUAUUGAUCACGCAUUACGGAUUGCCCAUCCUAUCAUCGAGGCGGGCCAUGAUGCUAGUGUUCGUGAGCCAGAUAGGUUAUAUGCGCCUUGA